CCGACGGCUGCGGCGGCGCAGGCGGUGGUGAGCGCGGCCGGAGCGCCGAGUGGCUGCCCAUCUUCCACCGGGUGGAGGCGAUGGCGAGCAAGAGCCAAGCGCAGACGGAGGUCCUCGCCGCCGACUGCGCGCGCCUGGACAGGGUGCAGCGCGAGUCCUGGGAAGUGGCGCGGAGGCUUCAGCGGACCGCGGACGAGCUUCAGGCGGCGGCGCGGGAGAAGGACGCCGACACGGACAGGCUGCGUGCGCAAGCCGCCGACGCCAGGAAGAAGCUGCAGGCGGAUGCGACCAGGAAGAUGAGAUGGGAGGCGGCAUACGUGGAGCUGCUUCUCGGUGCUAAUCAGAAGCUCGCCGAACUCAGAGAUAGUGACCUGGAGGAGGAUUCCAGAACCUGUGCAGAAACCCCCAGCUCUAAGGUAGUGCAUAGCUCAAAACAUGCAGUCUAGUUUGCGCUUCUCAUUGAUUUUCAUAAAUCGUUCUUUUAUGCAACCGAAGGAAGUUGGAAGACACACAAAGCUGAAUCGGGACGCCGUGGAUCACGUUGCAAGCGAUUUGAGCGCAGAGCUAAGGAAACUAAAGCAAGCUUAUGAGACGCUGACCUCUAAGAAGGACAAGGAAGUUUCCGCAUUGCUCUCGGAAAAGGAUUCUCUGCGUAGCCAGUUGGAUAUAAUGCAGCAGGACUCUGCCGAGCUCCUGAAGAACAAGAGAGUGGAGGCAGCACAAGCUACUGAAGCAGCACUAAAGCUUCAGAAGACUGUAGAUGAGCUUUAUGUGUUGGCCCAAAAGAAGGAUGUUGAAAUCGACAGACUGCAAGCAGAAGCUGUGGAAGCCAAAAGGAGUCACGACAAGGAUCUUUCUGCAUUAGUCUCGGAAAAGAACUCUGUGCAUAGCCAGUUGAGUAUAAUGCAGCAGGACUACGCUAAGCUCCAGAAGAACAAGAAAGUUUCGACCCAAAAGAAGGAUCAUGAGAUUGUCAUAUUGCGAGCAGAAGCUAUUGGUGCCAAAAUGAAGGUACAGAAAAUGCACUCCUUGGUCAAGGAGAAAGAUGAUGAAAUCCAAAGACUCAAAUGCUGGCACGUUGAAUCUGUCCAGAAGCACUACAAGGAUAUCAGUGAGACACAUAAAAAAUCUAGGUCUGUUGAUCCAGCUGUAACUACAAGGGAUAAACUGAAAAACAGUAAUCCUAGGCAAAAAGUAAAAGAAGAUUACAUUUCUGAAACAAAAACGGUGGAGAAAGAUGGGCAAGAAAAAACUACUCAGAAGCGCAGGCGUGCCUCUUCAAUUUCAAAUGAUUGUGAGAAGAUUGGAAGCGACCAGGAUUCUGAUGAGCAGAGUGAAAGUGACGAGGAUGGUGACAAGCAGAGUGAAAGGGACAAGGAUGGUGAUGAGCAGAGUACAAGUGAUGAGACCAAUGAUGAGCAGAGUACAAGUGAUGAGAACAAUGAUGAGCAGAGUAGAAGUGGUGGUGAUGACGAUGCUGGGCAGAGCAGAAGCAAUGCACAUGAUGAGGAUGAGCAUAGUCAGAGUGGAAGUGAUAAGGAAACAGCAAACAAGCCAAUUCUAAAGCCUCCCGGGAAUCACAAGAGGAAGAGAGAUGCUUGUAAUACCGAGUCUACCAAUGGCAAAAGCCACAGUAAAAGCAAUGUGUAAAUACUCAACUUCUGCUGCAAAGUUUAUCUUUAUAAUAGUAUAUAUAACUGUAUUUGAUAUAGUUGACUACAAAAAUUUAGUCCUUUGUUAGCAGUUGUCUGUCAAAUAAGUGGUAACAAAACACCUUCUGAAAGCUAGAACACAACCUGGCAUCUAAUGUCGCACACACUAGUUAAUGCAUGACAUGAAAAACUUGAGCUCAUGGAAACACAGCGGCCUUGGGCCUUGAUGUGCAUUGGGCUCUUGUUGUAAGUUUAUUCUUUUUUCGUUGGAAAGGAGCAACUGGAAGAUAAAUAGGCAAACACCUUAGAGCAACUGUUUAUUUUUCUAAUUUGCUCGUGUAAGCUGAUACCCUUUUUAUUCUCGUCAAUUUUGAUGAAUACAAGCUGUUGCCAAUCUGAAUUUGGUGUCCUGUUCUUAUUUAUGGUGUUCCCCUUUCGCCGUCCUGGUUGUGAAGGGUGGCCAAGAGGAGGUGGUCAUACGAGCCUCCUCCUAGUCCUCUAUGCCGCCAGAGGCUGGUGACUGCCCAUGGCGAGCAUAGGAUGAUAGCAACUGGCAACUGGGCACAAUACGUCAGCGACGUGAAGGACAGCUUGGCGAACCAACCUCACAAGCGCAAGAAGUUCGAACAGUUCCUGAGGGAGCUGAAGCAAGGCUACGUAAUUAGUUAUCUGGCCAGAAGCAUGAAGGACGUGUUAGAUGGGCAACCUGAGCUCAUCCGCCGGUUCAAUGUUUUCUUGCCCAUUCAUUGCCAGAUCGAACUCAAGAAGCCGGAUGAGGAUGAUGGUGAGCAGAGUGGAAAUGACGAGGAUCACGAUAAGCAUAGUGGAAAUGAUGAGGAUGGCGAUAAGCAGGGUAGAAAUGAUGUUGAUGGAAAGAGUAGAAGUGAUGGGCCUGAUAAUGAGCACCAUGGAUGCAAUGGGGAUGAUGAUGAUGAGCAGACUGGAAGAGAUGUGGAAACAACAAAUUAUCAAGUUCAAAAGCCUCUCGGGAGGGCCCAAGCCACUUCGCAAGGGCCUCGCCUCCGGCACUCUCCUCCUGACCUGGAUGUUGUGGAAACAUCGCAACCAGUGUAUUUUCGAUGGAGCUCGACCUUCGAUGAUGUCCCUCAUCACAAAGAUGGAUGAGGUGGCACUGUGGGCAAAGGCUGGUGUGUGGACGUUUCUCUAGAAACUUUUUGCUUCCAUGUAAGUUGCCUUCUAGGAGAACUGUAACCCAAACUCUCUUUUCAA